CGCACGUUCUGGCACACACAUGUACGCACACAGCCACACUCAUUGAAAAAGUCAGAGAAUUGUGUGGGAAAUAAAAAUCGUGUAUAACUAACUGCGAAACGCGCAAAUUGUGCAAAUGCGGAUGCCCAGUGCUAAAAGUAAAGUGAACGUGUUAAUAAAAUCGGAUGCGCUGGCUGUUUGGGCAGCUAAAAAUUCAUGUUGUCGUUGUAACGCAUCGCACUGAGUUAGCGAGUGAGUGAGUGUGCGUGUGUGUGUGUGCGUGCGUGCGCCUAUGUGUGUGUGUGAAGAGUGAAACCUACAACUUUACUCCCCAAACCAACGGCCACACCAACAACAACGACGUCGACGACAACAACAACAGCAGCAGCAGCAGCGCAGCAGUGUUGAGAGAAAAGAUGGCGACGAGUCGCACCAGUCGCAUACAAUCACAACCAAAAAUUUUUCCUUCAAUCUUUUCGAAAUUACAUGGAGCAAUAUCAGAGGCGUGCGUCUCACAGCGUCUAUCCACGGACAAGAAGACGCUGGAGAAAACGUGGAAACUGAUGGACAAGGUGGUCAAAUUGUGCCAACAGCCAAAAAUGAAUCUAAAGAACAGUCCCCCCUUCAUAUUGGACAUACUGCCGGACACGUAUCAAAGAUUGCGUCUCAUCUACUCCAAGAAUGAGGAUCAAAUGCAUCUGCUCCAUGCCAACGAACACUUCAAUGUAUUCAUCAAUAAUCUAAUGCGUAAAUGCAAACAGGCCAUCAAACUCUUCAAGGAGGGCAAAGAGAAAAUGUUCGAUGAGAACUCGCAUUAUCGUCGCAACCUAACCAAACUGAGUUUGGUCUUCUCCCACAUGCUCAGCGAGCUAAAAGCUAUAUUUCCCAAUGGUGUCUUUGCGGGCGAUCAGUUUCGAAUCACCAAAGCCGAUGCGGCCGACUUCUGGAAGAGCAAUUUUGGCAACAGUACCCUGGUGCCUUGGAAAAUCUUUCGUCAGGAACUGAAUAAGGUGCAUCCGAUAUCAUCUGGCUUGGAGGCGAUGGCACUGAAGACAACAAUUGAUUUGACGUGCAACGAUUAUAUAUCGAAUUUUGAAUUCGAUGUGUUCACACGACUGUUCCAGCCUUGGGUCACAUUGCUGCGCAACUGGCAAAUUCUGGCCGUCACCCAUCCCGGCUAUGUGGCCUUUCUCACCUACGAUGAGGUAAAGGCGCGACUGCAGCGCUACAUCCACAAGGCGGGUAGCUAUGUCUUUCGUUUAUCCUGCACGCGACUGGGCCAGUGGGCCAUUGGCUAUGUGACGGCCGAUGGAGAGAUAUUGCAAACAAUACCCCAGAACAAAUCGCUGUGUCAGGCGCUGCUGGACGGGCAUCGCGAGGGCUUUUACUUAUACCCCGAUGGCCAGGCCUACAAUCCCGAUUUAUCCUCCGCCGUGCAAAGUCCAACCGAAGAUCACAUAACCGUUACACAAGAGCAAUACGAGCUGUACUGUGAAAUGGGCAGCACCUUUCAGCUAUGCAAAAUCUGCGCAGAGAACGAUAAGGAUAUACGCAUCGAGCCUUGCGGUCAUUUGCUAUGCACGCCCUGUCUCACGGCCUGGCAGGUGGACUCGGAGGGACAGGGCUGUCCGUUCUGUCGGGCGGAAAUCAAGGGCACCGAACAGAUCGUUGUGGAUGCAUUUGAUCCACGCAAGCAACACAAUCGCAAUGCAACGAAUGGACGACAACUGCAGCAGGACGACGACGAUACAGAGGACAUGGGCGACUUCAAUAUAGCCACCAGUUCGCUGCAUGCGCUCAGCACCUCGGCCGCCUCGCAGUCGUCCAUGGAGAAGCACAGUCCGCAUACAUCGCCGCGGCUCGGGAGGCGCAGCACCACGCCCAGCCUGAUGGCGGUGCAGAAUGAUCUGUAUGCCGGCGGUGCGGCCACGUUCAGUCUGCCCAGCAGCAGCAGCAGCAGCAGCUGCAACAACAACAACAACAGCAGCAGCAGCAGUAGUAGCAACAACAGCAACGCCGGCGGUAACUCUGCAAAUUGCACGCAACAGCAGCAGCAGCAACAGCAGCAGCAGCAGCAACAACAGCCACAGCCAUCGGCACCGCCUGCUGCUGCUGUGAUCAGCAAUGGUAAUGCAUCCACGCAAAAGUCAACGCAUCGCAUGAGUGCACCGCUGAUGGGCUGCAGUGUGAACAACUCCACCUACGGACAGAAGCUGCCGGGCUGCAAGGCGGAGAGCGGCUCGAGUGGCGAUACGGCCUCCAUUAGCUCCUAUGCCAUACUACAGAAUCUACAGGAUAGUGCCAGCUCCAGCUGCACAGUGGGCUCAGCUGCAAGUGGUUCGAGUGCUGCUGUGGUUGCCACUGCUGCUGCUGGUGGUGCUGGCGGUGCUGCAGUGGCACCGCCCUUGCCGCCACGCAAGUCGCCCGGCAUGGAGACGCCAGUGAAGCCAAAUGCAACGCCCUCGACCAGCAAGAGCAUCGACAACAUCCAGUGCAGCUUGGACAAUGUGCCGCCCCAGACAACGGCACCGCCCAUACCGCCGCAUGUGAGCAGCAGCGUGGACACCCUGGCCGAGGACUUGAUGCGACAGCAGCGUAUCGCGAGCAGCACCACAUCACCGGUGCUGUCGCUGCUGGACGAGAUGGUGGAGGUGGGUCCGGCAGAGACCAUAAGCGGUGUCAUCGAUACGCGUCCACUGGAGGCGCGUGGCACGCUGCCCAGCAGCAGCACCACCAACAUCGCCGCCGCCGCCGCCGCCAACACCAGCAACUCCAGCAGCAGCAACUCCAACAGUAGCAGCAGCAGCAGCAGCAAUUGCAGUGGCUCCCAGGAUGCAGCCACCUCGCACUAUACGCAAUUGUGCACCACCACGACCAGUGCUGCGGCUCUGGCAGCUGCCGCCACGCUAGCCAAUGGCAAAAAGUCGACGCUUAAGCAGCCAACGCCAGCGGCGAAUCCUCUCCAGCAGCAGCAGCAACAACCGUUGCUCUAUGCGAACGUGACGAUCAAUCAAAAAGACUGCGGCCCCACUGUGCCCUAUGAGAAUAUCAAUCUGGAGUAUAUAGCGCGCCUGAUGAAUGCCGGCUACUCCAAGGAGAAUGCCAUCACGGCUCUGGGCAUCUCGAGGAACAACAUCGAAAUGGCUGGCGAUAUAUUGCGCGAGUUUGUCUCCAAGAAUAGCGCCUAAGUGCCACAAUGCC